AUGAACCACCCCGACGACCCUCCGCAGCAGGGCGUGAGGGAGAUUGAAGCUGUCCGCUCCAUCUGGACUCCACGUCUGCUGAAGAUUGCCUAUCUCUCCGUCUUUCUGGUCAUUCUGGGCUGUUCGCUGGAGACACAAGCCAGUUCUAAUUUGGUUACCUAUGUCACGAGUGACUUUUCCCAACAUGCCCUUGUAUCCACCAUCUCCGUCAGCACCGGCCUCAUUGCAGGAGUGGCGCGUGUUCCAAUUGCUAAAUUGAUUGAUAUCUGGGGACGCGGGGAAGGCUAUGCGGCCAUGGUAGCCUGCACAACUAUUGGGCUUAUCUUGAUGGCGGUUUGUAGGAAUAUAGCUACAUAUGCCGUGGCUCAGGUUUUCUACUGGAUCGGAUUUGAUGGGAUAGGCUAUGUGCUCCAGGUUUUUCUGGCAGAUACUUCGAGCCUCAGAAACCGCGCUCUUGCAUUCUCCCUCUCGAGUACUCCGUACAUUGUGACUACUUUUGCCGGUCCGGCUGUGGCACAAUAUUUCCAAGAUUAUUGGAAUUGGAGGCUGGCUUAUUGCAUUUUUGCCAUCACUACGCCCCUCGUCUCGUUCCCAAUCAUCUAUUUGCUGUUUCACACGAAACACAUCGCCAUCAGGAAAGGCAUCCUCAAGCCGAAUGAACUGAAGAGAAGGGAGCCAUGGCUACAGCAGGCAAAGACAUUUGCAGUCCAGUUCGACGCCGUCGGUUCGAUCCUCUUCGUCAUCGGCCUUGCCCUGAUCCUCCUGCCGCUUAGCCAACGCGCACAACCGUCCGCCUCAGACGGCAGCGGCUGGUUGUCAGCUUCUACCUUGAGCAAAUUUCUCGCGGGCUACACCAGCCUGUGUCUCUUCGGGAUAUGGGAGUGGAAAUACGCACCGGUACACCUGAUUCCAUACCGCGUCGUCUUCGGCGACCGCACGGUCCUAGGCUCGUGCCUCCUCUGCUUCAUCUCCUUCGCCGCCUUCAACUCCUACCACGCCUACUUCCCCUCGUACCUGCAGGUCGCGCGCUACCUGUCCAUCCGCGAAGCAGGCUACAUCGCCAACAUCUUCUCGCUGACGUCGUGCCUGCUCGGCGUCGUCUUCGCCUACGUCAUCCGCCAGACGGGCCGCUACAAGCGGCUGGGGCUGUGGGCGCUGCCGCUGCGCAGCGUCGGCGCGCUCGCCCUCAUCCCUGCCGUGCGCGACGCGCGCGCGACAUCAGCGGCCGACGUGGUGGCGUGCCAGCUCGCCAACGCCGUCGCUGGGGCGGUCCUCAUCGUCGCCAACCAGACGGCCGUCAACGCCGCCGUCGCGCACGCCGACCUCGCCAUCGUGCUCGCCGUGCUGCUGCUCUUCUCGUCCAUCGGCGCCUCCGUCGGCACGGCUAUCGCUGGCGCUAUCUGGACCGCCUCCAUGCCCGGUUUGAUCAGAGACUUCUUGCCCGACGGCAAAAAGGACCUCGCCGAGGAGCUGUACGGCAGCUUGAAGAAGCAGCUCGAAUGGGCGCCCGGCACCGACGUGCGUGAUGCGGUUGUCAAGGCGUACUGUGUCACGCAGGUUCGCCUGUGCAUCGUCGCGGCUGCGAGCGUGCCGUUUGUCGUGGCCUUUGUCAUGAUGUGGCGGGAUCUGCCGGUCAGGGACGAGGACGAGGGUGGGAAGGAUAAGUGGAAAGGAGAGGGGCCGGUCGAGCAUGGGGAUUGA